GCUGCAAUUCAACCCCUAACCUGAGAACCCUCCAUGUGCCCCAGGUGUGCCCUAAAAAAAAGACCAAAAAAAAAAAAAAAAGUAACAUAAAUAGUGGUCUAAAGAAAUGGCUAACUGAUUAUAGUUUUGGAAGUGGCUUUAGUAACCAAAGCAAGUUAUAACCAGACGCUCCACAUACCAUAGUCUGCACAGUAUAUGGACAUCCUGAGAAUGGAAGUCUUCCUCUCUGCUGGGCCAGACACUGUCAACUUAACCAGCUGACUUGCACAUUUAGUAGAAUUAAAUAAGAAUAAGAAGCAUACCAUGAAGAAUUGUGGGUAUACAGGACAUUGUUCUUGCUUUAAUGAAAUGACAGUUCCAUAAAUGACAGAAAAAUGCUUCCAGAAAAAAGGAAGUCAAGAAACAUUACUUUUUUAAAAAAAAGAUUUUAUUUAAGCAGAAAUCACUAAAACAGGGUCUAGUAGAUGAUAAGUUCCUAAUCAGGCAUAUUUCAUUUUUAUAAUACCUAGGAAGGGAAGUAAAUUUGAUCACUGUAUUAGAAUCCUCAUAGCAGACUUAAUUUUCUGUGAUUUUUCAACUAGGCCAAGGGUUCUCACUUGAAACAAUCUCACUACUUUAAUAAUCUGAUAAAGACAGUGGAUAUUUUGCUAGAUAAAUAAAUGUAAGCAUUUUAUAUAUAAAAAUACUGAAGGCAAUAAAAAAAUCCCUACUGUGUAUUUUACCCCAACCACUCUGUCCAAAUUAGACCUCUAAACAACUGAAUUACCUUGUCUUGCAUGUUCACUUCCCAAAUGUAUAGUAUCAUGUUGGCACAUAAUGUGUUUUUCAAAAGUUUUAUUCAAACAAAAAAAAGCAGAAAUCAGUACUGCCAGCCAGUCAUGGUUCUAGAUUUCAUGCCAACAAAUAUCUGAUAACACAUUUAUAUUAUUGAGAAAUUUUCGUGUGUGUGUGUGUGUGUGUGUUUCAUUUAUGAAAUAAAUACAUAAGGUUAAGGUUGACCUCAGGAACUAGUCACCUAGCAAUCCUAUAAAUGUGGGCACUUUGAUGUCUUUGCCACUCUGAGAUAAUACUACUUUCCUCAAAGCUUUCCACCAUUCUUUUAGGAUUCACUGUUUUCCUUUGCAUUUCAGAAGGAUCUUUAUUUCGUCUUCAGUACAUUCCCAACUGUAACUGUUAGUCUUUCAGCUACACUGAUUUUCUUCCAUUGUAUAUGGCCAGAGGUUUUUUAAUGUUGUUCUUAAGAGUAUAAUAAAAUGUAAAUACUUCUGAGUAUCAUCCAUCAACAACCCAACACAGGCCCCUUCCAAAACCACCUUGGUCUACUGACUACUGAACUGAGUACCAUUACAGUAGAUUCUCAGAGGUGUGAAAGACAGUGAUGUUUGACCCCCACAAUUUCACAGGUUUACAUCAAGAUGAGUGCAGGGGAGUCAAGAUAAGUAAUAACUUGUCAAGUAGAAGUAUAUUAUAUGGACAAUGAGAAAAAAUAUAUGUGAAUAAUAUUUACAUCUCUCCUGAAUAAUGUGAUUAAAUCUUCAUUUGUAAGUAAAAGGAAGACCUACAUUUUGUUAUUUAUAAACAAUCCAUGUGUAAUACAAGACUCCUUUAUCAGAAUAUGACAAAUGUUCAUUUUUCUAUUAAGACACUUUGUUUUACAUAUUUAUUGUGGAAAUGUUUGCACAUACUUAUAGAGAAUGCUAUCAUGAAUCACUAUGUGUCCUUCAUCUAGGUUCAACAAGUGUCAUCCUAGGCCAAUACUGUUCCUUUGGACAAUCACAUUCUCCCUCUGUCUCACCAUUACUUAAUAGUGAAUGCAAUGCAAGACAUUAAACUAUUUCUUAAGCCAAACACUUACCUAUUUUAAUCCAGAACCUCUUUCUGCUCUACCUUGGUUUGCUCAAAUUCCCACCUCUAUCUCUAUUUUUUCUUUUAGUGCUGCUGCUUCAAUGGCAUGACUCUGCCAGAGAAUAGAUUAAAGGUCAGUGCUGAAUUCAACCAGAUCAGAAGAAGAAGACAAAACAGUGAUGUAUUUUUGUCCUCCCCUAUUUUUUUUUAACCAAUGGCUAAUUAUGAUGGGUCCAUAAUAGCUGUGGGUGACUUCCUGGUGUAUAUGAAGAUCCCCCUCCUGCUGCUCUGGCCGAAAGUAUUUCUCUUCCUUCCUGGAUGGUCCCAGAUUGGACACUCCCAAAGACAUGGUCCCCAAGAAGUGGUUAUACCCUUGAAGGUAACAAACACUGGCAGGGAUGUGAAGUCUCAUGGCUGGCUCUCUUACAGACUGUACUUUGGGGGCAAGAUAUAUGUUAUUCACAUAAAGGUCAAGAAGCAUUUUUUGUCCAAAAACCUCCCAGUGUUCACCUACACAGAUCAGGGUGCUCUCCUGGAGGACCACCCUUUUAUUCAGAAUGACUGUUACUAUCAUGGUUAUGUGGAGGGGGACCCAGAAUCUCUGGUUUCCCUCAAUACCUGUUUAGGGGGUUUUCAAGGAAUGUUACAGACAAAUGACAUUGUUUAUAAAGUUGAGCCCAAAAGGCUUUCAACAACAUUUGAACAUCUAGUAUAUAAGAUGGACAAUGAAGAAACAGAAUUUCCACCCAUGAGCUGUGGAUUAACAGAUGAAGAAAUAGAACAACAAGUGACAUUUCAGGAGAGUGUUAAUUCUACUUUGAUGCAAAGUGGAUAUGAAGGCUGGUGGACCCACAGGCGUUUUCUUGAAGUGGCAGUGGUCGUAGACCACACUCGCUAUCUUCAUCACCAAAGGAAUACCUCACUUGUACAGAAUGAAGUAUGCUUUAUUUUCCAUGGAAUAAGUGACUUAUUAAAAUCAUUGGAUAUUGAUGUGUUUUUAAUGGGAAUAGAGGUAUGGACUGAAGAAAGCUAUGUUUCAUUACACAGCAUAGGAGACGGCCUGAAUGGAUUUUGCAAAUGGAAGAGAAGGGGCUUUAAUACUCGUUUGCCCCAUGAUGUUGCACAUAUUUUUGUGAAAAAGGAUUUUGGUACCAAUGUUGGCUUAGCCUUUGUUGGAACAGUAUGUAAAACUCAUACAAACUGUGGAAUUGAUAGUUUUCUGAAUGGCGACAUAACUGAUUCAGCAUAUAUUGUGUCACACGAGAUUGGUCAUAAUUUGGGUAUGGGGCAUGAUGAUACCAAAACCUGUGGAUGUGGAAGAAGCAAAUGCAUAAUGUUUCCAUAUAAAGCAACAACAACUAAAUUCAGCAACUGCAGUUAUAUGAACUACUGGAACCGUAUUGCCCAAAAACCUUGUGUGUACACUUCACCAGAUCCACAGAAAGUCUUCAUGAUUAAAGGCUGUGGGAACAGAGUGGUUGAUGAAGGAGAGCAGUGUGAUUGUGGUUCCAGAUAUAUGUGUGAAAAGGACCCCUGUUGUCAGUCAGACUGCACUCUGACAGCUGGGGCUGACUGUGCUUUUGGACUUUGCUGUGAGGAAUGCUCAUUCAUGCCGGCAGGCUCCAUGUGUAGAAAAGAGGAAAAUGAAUGUGAUCUUCCAGAAUGGUGCAAUGGGACAUCACAUCAAUGUCCAGAAGAUGUGUAUAUGCAGGAUGGGACCUCCUGCACAGGCGGCGGCUACUGCUAUGAAAAGAGAUGCAAUAACCACAAUGAACAGUGUAGGAAAAUCUUUGGCAAACAGGCCAGGAGUGCAGAUCAGAGUUGUUACAGGGAAAUGAAUACCCGAGGAGACCGUUUUGGUAACUGUGGUCUCAAGGCUACUAAAUACGUACGAUGUAACAUCUCAGAUAUCCUCUGUGGGAGGCUUCAGUGUGAGAAUGUGACAGAAAUUCCCCUCCUGAGAGAUCAUUCUACUGUGCACUGGACUCACUUCAAUGGAGUCACCUGCUGGGGUACAGACCACCAUUUGGGGAUGACCUUACCUGAUGUUGGUGAAGUGAAGGAUGGCACAGAGUGCGGUGCAGGACAUGUCUGCAUCCAAAGGAAGUGUGUCCAUAUGUCCCUCUGGGAAAGUGCUUGUUCACCUGAGACAUGCAAUAUGAGUGGAGUCUGCAACAACCGACAUCACUGCCACUGCAACUCUGAAUGGGCCCCACCCAAAUGCCUGCUAAAAGGCAGUGGAGGUAGUGUUGAUAGUGGCCCACCCCCUGGCAAAAAUGAAAAGGUAGAAAGAAAGAAUAACCUGUUACCACUUUGGUUGAUUCUACUUUUUGUUUUACUAGUAAGUCUGUUACUUUUAAUUUUUAUGAGAAGAACUUAAAAAGGUGAUAAGGCAGAGAAGAUUGUUCCAACCUAAGACAGAAGAGAAGAAUAUUAAGACUUCACUAGAAGAUCAAACGCAGAGUGUUACAACUAUGCCUAAGGGAGAAACGCAAAAUACACCAGCUAACUAAUCAAAUGAGAAAGAAAACCAAUAAUUCCAAUUUCAAAAGAAAAUAGCAAAGCCUGAUGAUCUUCCCCAUGUAUUAAGUUUUACUCUCCUCGCAGUACAAAUGUUAACAGCAUGUGUCCUAGAUUACUGACAGAAAAUCUCAACUUUUUUGUCAUUGGGGACCAUAAACAGCCAUUAAACAACAAAAUAUACUAAUCCCUAGCCUAUUUCUACUUCCCAUCAUUUUAAGCAGUUUUAAUGGUUAAUUUUCAUGAGAUUAUUAUCUUUGUGUUUCUUGAGCAAAGACACAGUUUCUGGAUGGCGUGUGUGUGUGUGUGCGUGUGUGUGUGUGUUUCUUUUUACAGCCACACCUGCAGCAUAUGGAAGUUCUCAGCCUAGGGGUCCAAUCAGAGCUACACCUGCAGCCUACACCAC